CGAGAGUGUCAGGUGAACUGAACUUCAGGAGAAGACGAGGAAGUGGCUGUCAGAGUGGUGAGACGGGUUGUGGGGACCGAAAGGGAAGUACAACAGAGUAUCUCAGGAGGAGGAGUCAGAAACGUCACUGGAGGAGGUAAGUGAGUGUGUGGCAGUAUGACUGACAGGGCGACCUCUGGUGAAAGAAAAGGGUAUAAGCCCUUGAAGGCUCAGGUUGAGCAGCUGAAGAAAGCUAUUCGCCUAGCUAAUACAGGGGCAUUAAAAGCGGCCGAAAAAGAAUGUCAGGUUAUGGAGAUUGAGGUGAGUAAGCUCAUCACAUCUCAACAGAAGAAACUGAGUGACGAAAUAGCUCUGAGCUUGGUGUUCCAAACUGAAGGAGAAAGAUGUGAAGGACAAUUGAAGCAACUGGAAGAGGAGUCUGGGGGUCACUCAGUAAAUAGAAAGACCAAAGCAGUAAUGAAAGAUCUCAGAGAAGCGCAUGACAAGUGUUGUAAGUGGCUGUUUUUGUGGAAUGCUGCAAAAUCUUGGAUGAAGGAGGAUGACACGGACAAAGCAGGGGACAUGGUGAGUAUAAUGGCGUCAGUGAAACAACUGAAAGAGGAAAACAAGAAGUUGGAGGAUCAAAUGAGGGAUUUGACCACGAAAGCAGAAGUAACUGCUAGACUCUCCACACCCAAAAUAUACCCAUGGGCUACUUUAACGCCGAGUGCUCCGCCCCCACCCUAUGUCAUGCCGGUGAUGACCCUGGAGGGAGGACAGGUCCGUGGGCCUGAAGGACACAGAGGAAUAGUCCUGGGGGGAGUGGUGAAUGUUGACUACACUAGGGGACCCAGAGGAAGUCAGGAGGAAGAAGCAAGAGCAGGGGGGCAUCAGCCCUUUAGUGAAGGUGGGAGACUGGAGGCCUCAGCUGCAGAUGAAGGCCCAACCUCGCCACAAAGGGGGCUCAUGAGUGAGGAGCUGACGCUGACCGAGGAACACCCGGUAGAACAGCCGAGACGGGAUAGGGAGGCGGAGGUGACGCACACCCGAGAGGAGGUGCGACCCGUGACGGAGCUGGGAGCACGGCCCAAGCACAAGGGAUCGCCACGGCUGGGGAAAGAAGGACAGGCCCAGAUGAGGAGAUCGGCUGGAGCAGAAAAAACGCCCUACACAGAGAAAACGCCCAAGUGGGAACGCUGGGAAGGAGAUGUGCAUGGUCGUAUGUAUGAGGAGCCUGAGGCACUGUUGAAAGUGUUCAGCGCUUUGGAAAUGGUGAAGCGGAAAUUACUUAAAGACAGGUCAAAGGACAAAACCGUGGACGAGAUCUCCUGGAGUGAUGAAGAGGAGGAAGGCGAUGAAGAGGAAGCAGGCGAAGAUGGAGGAGUGGAGUCAGACCCAGGUCCAAGUAUAACGCUGAGAAACCGCGAAGUAAAAAAGGAUGAAGGUGGGAGAAAGAAGCAGGACACUGCAGGGGGGAGGAGAUCAGUGUUUGGGCAGUCGAAGGGAAAGACCCAGGGGACGAAAAAUAGGAAAGUGAUUUUAGACAGAGGAUUACAGGACGGACAACUGAAUUUGCCUCUGAUGUCUGGUUCAUGUGGCGAACCAGUGUAUAGAGCAUAUAAAGUCAGAGAUUUCGAAGCAUUGGUUAAACAACUUCCGCCCAUUACAGAAGGAGGGGCUAGUUGGCUGAGGAAACUGACCACACUGACCGAAGGAGAGGAACUUGCUAUUGGUGAUUUCCGCGCCAUCGCUGGACGCUGUAUGCUUGGGGGUGGAUUGGCUGAUGUAGAGGGGCUAGCACGUACCACAAGGUAUGCUAAUGACCUUGCUCUCUGUGAGGUCCAAAGUGCCCUGUCUAAUGCCGUUCGCGAAAAGUAUCCGACACGCAACACUGGGGCGAUACCUAAGAUAAUUUGGGACCCAAAAGACACACCAGGGGAGUUCUUAGCUAAAGCUAAGGAGCAGUGGUUGACUGAAACAGGCAUACAUCCAGGUAAAGAGGGCGAAAGCAGGGCGUGGUUCCGUUCGGCCGUGCUGGCGGGGCUGCCAAAACAGGUUACAACAGACUUAGAGAAGAAUCCAGACUUUGCAGUAGCAGACUCUGCGCAGUGGGAGAGACACGUGGUGCACCGGCUCCAGCUGGAACAGGAUCAGGUGAAUAAACAAAAGAAGGAGCUCGAGGACGCACAGGCUCAACUUAUUAGGUUACAGUUGGGGGAGGCUCGCGACAAAGCUGACAGUAAGAAAAAGGAAUUGAAAGAACAGAGCAAAAAUAUAAUGGUGGCAAGGCCCGGAGCUGAUCCGGUGCCUGAUUGGCCGGAUUUGGAUCCGAAUCUCUAUCCUGAUGACCGCUGGCCUGCCAAUGCACCAAGGCAGCGUAGACCCGCUGGGAAUUGGGGAACCGGGGGACCGCAAAGGGGGCGUGGUGGAUCCGGCAGGGGUGGAUUAAGAGCUCAGAGUACGGGGUCUCCAUACAACAAUGCAAGCUGGGGCAGCUGCUUUAUCUGUGGAGCAGAGGGGCACUGUACGCUGACGUCAGUGCUGUACUUUUAUUCCUAAUAACACAGCGCCAGAUGGGUCAGUGACCCGAGCUUUAGAGGGGCUGAGAACGCUCUCUAAGACCAUGCACGAACACUCGGGAAUUGAUAAUCCGCUGGAGGGCUGGAUGACUUCGGUCUUCGGACAGUGGAAAGGGUUUGUACUCUCAAUUAUGCUUUCAUUAGCUGUGUUGGUGGGCAUUUUGGUGACCUGUGGCUGUUGUUUCAUUCCUUGUGCCCGAGCUCUGUUAGAAAAGGUGAUUACGAAGGCAGUGGACUCGGGAACAGAAGCUCACAUGCCCAUGAUGCCCUUGAUGGACAUGGAAGUCACUGUGUGGGACGAGGAGUGACGCACCUUAGAGUAUGGUGACCUCUGGUCAGCCAGAGGUCAAAAGGGGGAAUGUGGGGUCAGACAAAAUGCUUUUGUUAUUUGGUAUUCUGUAACUUCCAAAAUAGUACGCUGAUCACUGUGAUUUUCAAUGGUUAAACUGUAAUGGAGACGAGCAAACAUAUUGGCAGAUCUGGA